ACGUCCUCCAUCACUCCAUCACCACCACCACCGCCGCCGCCACCUCCUCCUCCUCCGUCCUUUCUCUCUCUUCUUAGAUCUUAAACAUUCUCCGGAGAGCUUAACAGUAAAGCAUUUUUACUUUUUCUUAUUGUUUCUUUUCUUCUACUACAGCGGUAAAUCAGCUGCAUUGUCAGUGUCCAGUGAAUUGGCAAUGGACCGAAGGAGCUGGCCUUGGAAGAAAAAAUCAUCAGAUAAAGCAGCUAGUGUCACUGUUGCUUCAGACUCUAAUAAUGCUCCUUCAGAUUCAGCAGGAUCUCACGGUGAUCAGGUAAAGAAGGAUGACUACAAAAAGCCGAAGUAUGUGCAAAUAUCCGUGGACACCUAUUCUUACCUAACUGGAUUGGAGGAUCAAGUGAAGUCCUAUGAGGAACAAGUGGGCACUUUGGAAGAAGAGAUCAAGGAACUAAAUGAAAAGUUAGCUGCAGCCAAUACAGAGAUGACUAAUAAGGAAAACCUGGUGAAACAACAUGCUAAAGUGGCUGAAGAAGCUGUUUCAGGUUGGGAAAAGGCUGAGGCAGAAGCUUUAUCUUUGAAAAACCAUCUAGAAUCCGUUACACUGUUAAAGCUAACAGCUGAAGAUCGGGCAUCACACCUGGAUGGAGCUCUCAAGGAAUGCAUGCGGCAGAUACGAAACCUGAAGGAAGAACAUGAACAAAAACUUCAUGAAGUUGUUGUCAACAAAACAAAACAGAUUGACAAGUUAAAGCUUGACUUUGAAUCAAAAAUAUCCAAUUUGGACCAAGAAUUGCGCAGGUCUGCUGCUGAAAAUGCUGCCCUUUCAAGGUCUUUGCAAGAGCGUUCAAACAUGCUGAUCAAGCUAAAUGAGGAAAAAUCACAGGCUGAAGCAGAGAUAGAACUUCUGAAGAGCAAUAUUGAAUCAUGUCAAAAGGAAAUAAAUUCGCUAAAGUAUGAAGUCCAUAUAGUUACAAAGGAGUUAGAAAUCCGUAAUGAGGAAAAGAACAUGACUGUAAGAUCAGCAGAAGUGGCAAACAAGCAGCAUUUGGAAGGAGUAAAGAAAAUAGCUAAGCUGGAAGCAGAGUGCCAAAGAUUACGUGGUCUUGUUCGAAAGAAGUUGCCUGGUCCUGCUGCGUUGGCACAAAUGAAGCUAGAAGUUGAAAGCUUAGGCCGUGAUCAAGGGGAAACUCGGAUGAAGAGAUCUCCAGUAAAGCCUCCUGUGGCACAUUUGUCGCAAUUGCCUGAAUUUUCAAUAGACAAUGCACACAAAUAUCAGAAAGAGAAUCAGUUGCUCACAGAACGCUUACUGGCCAUGGAGGAAGAAACAAAAAUGUUAAAAGAAGCUGUGGCCAAGCGUAACAGUGAAUUGCAAGCCUCUAGGAGUAUUUGUGCUAAGACAGCUAGCAAGCUUCAAAGUCUGGAGGCACAGUUGCACGCUAAUGGAGAACUAAGAAGUCCUCUAAAAUUCAACAUUCAGAUGCCUAUUGAAGGUUCUUUGAGUCAAAAUGCAAGCAAUCCACCAAGCUUAACAUCCAUGUCUGAAGAUGGAAAUGAAGAUGAUGCGAGUUGUGCUGGGUCUUGGGCUACUGCAUUAGUGUCUGAGCUCUCUCAUUUCAAGAAGGAAAAGAACAUUGAUGGUUCUCAGAGGUCUGAAAAUGCUAAUCAUCUGGAGCUGAUGGAUGACUUCCUGGAAAUGGAGAAAUUAGCAUACCUAUCAAAUAAUUCAAAUGAAGCAGUUUCUGUCUCUGAUAUUUCAAACAAUGGGAUAUCUGAUAUUGUAAAUCAUAACUCUGCAGUUGAAGGAGGAUUACAGGAGCAUCACGACUCUGAUUCAUUGGAAAUUCAGAUCUCUUCCAAGUUAGAACUGCCACAAAAAGACCCUGAAGUCAAUGCAGAUCCUCUGGUAAAGCUCCAGUCAAGACUUUCUGUGAUACUUGAGUCACUAACUAUGCAUACUGACAUUCACAAAGUUUUGGAGGAUCUUAGACAUGUGGUGCAGGAAACAUAUGAUUGUCUGCACCAUCAAUCUGUGAGCUGUGUUGUAGAGGCAACUCAAGCUCUCGAUGCUUCAUCUGAUUUCAAAAGUGAAGCCGAAGUGACUUCGGAGAAGGAAACAGUUUUCUCUGACCAGCGCAAACCUUGUAUGGAGACUUUGUGUGCUCUAAGCCAGGAAUUAGUUGCUGCUAUCACUCAGAUUCAUGACUUUGUAACAGUUUUGGGCAAAGAGGCCAAGGUUGUGCAAGGAAUAUCUGUAGAUGGUGAGGGACUAGGUGAAACAUUGGAUGACUUUUAUGGCAAAUAUAAUGAGGUUGCAAGCAGCAAAGGUGAUCUGGUUAAAUUUGUCUUUAGCCUUUCUCGUGUGUUAGGUAAAGCAAAUGAGCUCCAUUUUAAUGUCCUCGGCUACAAAAUAUCUGAAGUAGAAAGUAACAAUUCUGAUUGUAUCGACAAGGUUGCCUUACCAGAGAAUAAAGGCUCCCAGGAUUCAACAGAUAGGUAUCCAAAUAACUGCACCAACUUUUCUGAUUCCAAUUCUGAUCCUGAUAUUCCCCAUGAGGGAAGUCCUGUUCCAACCUCUGAAUUAACUGCUACCUCAUGGAAAUGUUCAUUAGAGGAGUAUGAACAACUGAAGUUAGAGAAAGAGAGCUUUGUAGUUGAUCUAGCUCGAUGUACUGAAAACCUGGAAAACACCAAGACUCAGUUGCAGGAGACUGAAGGACAAUUGGCAGAAGUUAAGUCACAGUUAACUUCUGCGCAGAAGUUGAACAGCUUGGCUGAGACUCAGCUCAAGUGCAUGGCGGAGUCAUAUAAAACACUUGAAGCACGUGCAGAAGAACUGCAAACUGAAGUAAACCUCCUCCAGGUAAAAAUGGAGAGUCUGGAUAAUGAGCUCCAGGAGGAGAGAAGAAAUCAUCAGGAUGCUUUGUCCAGAUGCAAGGAUCUUGAAGAACAGCUGUUAAGGAUCAGAAGUUGUCCGCCUGAUGUUGAUGCCAAGACUAAUCAGGAGAGAGAUCUGACAGCUGCAGCAGAGAAGUUGGCUGAGUGUCAGGAAACAAUAUUCCUCCUCGGCAAGCAGUUGAAAGCCUUGCGUCCUCGAACAGAGUCGAUAGGGUCCCCAAACCAUGAGAGGAAUCACAAGGACGAGGGUUUCAACGAGGAACCCACCAUCAGUGGUAUGAACUUGCAAGAAAUUGAUCCAUCUGAGUCAGACAUGGCCACUUCAGUCAGUUUGCACCGAGCAGGCGGCGACUCCCCAGUAGACUUAUACUCUGCCCCGUUUAGUCCUGACUCUGAAGGAAACAACCUGCUGAAGUCGCCAACAAGCUCAAAAUAUUCAAAGCAUCGGCCUACUAAGUCGGGCUCAUCUUCUUCAUCUUCUACACCAACUCCAGAGAAACAGUCUCGUGGAUUAAGCAGAUUCUUUUCCUCAAAGGCGAAGACUGGCAACUAGUGCUUUUGUCUUUGCAAGUCUAUCGAAGGUUGGUCGGGGCUCAAAUAAGAUGUAUCUAGAGAAAGCAUUUGUAAGUUUGUCUGUAGAUAGAAGUCCAAAUCUCUUUUUAGUUUGAUGUUGUAAUGUUCCAAUAGUCCGUGAUGAAGCUUGAGAUGGUCGCGAACCAUCAAAAUGGGAAACUCUUAUCCAUUUGGUUAUCACAA